AUGCCCUCCUCCUCGAGCCCUACGAGCCCCUCACAACGUCCUCCACCCUCGCCGACCUCGACCGCUCCGUCCGCAUAUACCUCCGCAACGCCAACACCCUCACGACAGCAAUCCGCCGCGAGCGCAGCCGCCUGGCCCAGCGAUGGACCUACGAGCUCAUCUCCGACGACCUCAUGCAGAUCCAACGCCCCUUCGACUACGACAACAAGCCCAGGCUCCUCAGCGCAAUCUACCUGCGCGACCGCUGCCCCUGCCCGCAGUGCGUCAGCCCCUCCUCGGGCAACAAGUCCUUCUCCUCCGCCGAGAUCCCCGAGGCCCUCAAGUUCGACACCGUCACCAAACACCCCGACGGCUCCCUCCACAUCACCUGGCAGCACGACAUCCCCCGCGCCGCCGCCGCAAACCACGUCUCCUUCUUCCCCGCCGCCGGCCCGCAGAGCAUGUCCCGCAUCGCCACCGAGCACUCCCUCCCCUUCGCCCCGACGCGCGUCUACUUCACCAAGGACCCCGUCAAGCGCCUCCUCUGGGACAACGCCAUCCUCGCCCCGCGCCUGCGCACCAUCCCCUACGCCGACUGGAUGGCCGGCGGCGACGCCUUCCGCGCCGGCGCCCAGGAGCUCGCCGCCACGGGCCUCGUCUUCCUCACCGGCGUGCCACACUCCGAGACCGCCGUCGCGGACAUCGGCCUCACCUUCGGCGCCCUCAAGGAGACCUUCUACGGCCGCACCUGGGACGUCAUCUCCAAGCCCGACGCCGAGAACGUCGCCUACACCUCCUCCUACCUCGGCCUGCACUCCGACAUGCUCUACCUCGAGUCCCCGCCCCGCAUCCAGCUGCUCCACUGCCUCGAGAACUCGUGCUCCGGCGGCGAGUCCAUCUUCAGCGACGCCUUCUUCGCCGCCCGCGAGAUGCGUAAGCGCCAAGCCACGCAGCUCAGGGCCCUCGGCGAGGUCAAGGUCCCCUACCACUACUCCAAGAACGGCUUCUUCUACCGCCAGGAGCGGCCCGUGUUCAAGUGGACCGAUGAUGAGAAGCACGUCCAGGACGUCUGGUGGUCCCCGCCCUUCCAGGCGCCCUUCCACAUCCCCAAGGACAACGAGGAGCGCGCACGCUUCCGCGAGUGGCACAGCGGCGCGCGCAUGUUCCAGAAGAUCCUCGAGGACGAGGCGCACAUGUUCCAGCGCAAGCUCCAGCCUGGCGACUGCGUCCUGUUCGACAACCAGAGGGUAUUACACGGGCGUCGUGAGUUUGACGCCGGGAGUGGCCGUCGUUGGUUGA